UUCUGUAACAAUAUUUACAGUCUUAAAGAGACCCUUCUUUUUCCAGAAGAACCGACUCCACAUAAAACCAACAGCCCACCCUCUGGAGUUACAUACGCUCAUGAUGUCUUGGACUGUGGCCUCAAGCCAUGCCCCCUGCCUUUUUCUAGCCUUUCUGCAGAUCCCAUGGGCAGAUAUGGACAGCCAGAUAGCAUAGGGCCACCACCUACACACCCUGCCAACGCUGCAGGGGCCUCUUCUCCGAGCCCUAGGAUUGAAAUAACUCCAUAUCAUGAACUGAUUCACUCGGGGGGUCCCUUCCGCAGCAGAGACACAGAUGUUCUGUUGGUAGAACAUCAGUCAAACUCAGCCACCACUAGCCCGAGGGUUACCCUGCCUGUCCCUGGCUUUGAGGGCUACAGAGAACCACUGUGUCUGAGCCCAGCUAGUAGCGGCUCCUCUGCAAGUUUCAUUUCAGAGACAAAUGUAUCUCCUUGCACAUCACCAUGUGUUUCACCAAAUAAUGGUCCUAGUGAUGACCUUUGUCCACAGUUUCAAAACAUCCAUACUCAUUAUUCUCCUAGAACCUCUCCAAUAAUGUCACCACGAACAAGCAUCACGGAGGAAGCCUGCUUGGGACGCCACUCACCAUCACCCUGUCCCAACUCAAGGUCUUCGUCACCAGGUGCAAAACGGAGGUACUCUUGCACCGAGCUGUACAGCGCUCAGCUGCCUCCCGCCUCUCCUCGGCACUCACGGACCCCCUCUCCACAGCCCUCUCCUCGCAUCCCCCUGGGAGAAGACGCCUCUGCAGUUACUUACACGCAGUUGGCCAGCGCUUCCCUUUCCAUGGAUGCUAUGAGCAGCCUCCCUACGGAUCCUUCCUGUGGUGUCCCCACGAAAAUUUGGAAAACCAGCCCUGAUCCUUCAUCCAUGUCUUCCCACAAAAACAGCAUUCCGUGUCACGUCUUUCAGACUGUUGACUUCCACGGGCCUUGUGAGCAGGAGGACAGGAGAAACUCGGCCCCAGAAUCCAUUCUGUUGGUUCCUCCGUCCUGGACAAAGCAGCUGGUGCCCGCAAUACCGAUCUGCAGCUUGCCCGUGCAGUCCCUGCCGCCGCUGGAGUGGCCCCUGUCCAGCCAGUCGGGCUCCUACGAGCUGCGGAUCGAGGUGCAGCCCAAGCCCCACCACCGCGCGCACUACGAGACCGAGGGCAGCCGUGGCGCUGUCAAGGCACCCACUGGUGGCCACCCCGUGGUCCAGCUGCAUGGGUACAUGGAGAACAAACCCCUGGGCCUGCAGAUCUUCAUUGGCACGGCGGAUGAGCGCAUCCUGAAGCCCCACGCCUUCUACCAGGUCCAUCGCAUCACGGGCAAAACCGUCACCACCACCAGCUACGAGAAGAUCAUUGGCAACACCAAAGUGUUAGAGAUCCCCCUGGAACCCAAAAACAACAUGAAAGCAACCAUUGACUGCGCGGGGAUCCUGAAGCUGCGCAACGCGGACAUCGAGCUGCGCAAGGGCGAGACCGACAUCGGCCGCAAGAACACGCGAGUGCGCCUCGUGUUCCGCGUGCACAUCCCCGAGCCCAGCGGCAGGAUCGUGUCCCUGCAGGCGGCCUCCAACCCCAUCGAGUGCUCCCAAAGGUCUGCUCAUGAGCUUCCAAUGGUUGAAAGACAAGACAUUGACAGCUGCCUGGUUUAUGGAGGACAGCAGAUGAUUCUCACUGGACAGAACUUCACAGCAGAGUCCAAGGUGGUGUUCACAGAAAAAACAUCAGAUGGGCAGCAGAUCUGGGAAAUGGAGGCAACGGUGGACAAGGAUAAGAGCCAGCCUGUAAUUUACACACACAGAUCUUGUAAAAGGCUUAAAUCUCUUGUUACUUCAAGGAAAACCUCUCUGUUUCUCCUCAGCUCGUUACGAAUAACGUCCUUUGCAUUUAUUCUAGUACCAUCAAUCAAAACAGAGCCCAUUGAUGACUAUGAUCCAGCCCUAAUCUGCAGUCCAGUGCACAGUGCUCUGGGGACAGUAACACAGCCUUACUAUUCACAGCACACGCUGGCCACCGAGUCCCCCUCCUGCCUGGUGGCCACCAUGGCUCCUUGCCAGCAGCUGCGCUCAGGCCUCUCCUCUCCCGACUCGCGCUACCACCAGCAGAACCCAGCUGUCAUUUACCAAAGGAGCAAGAGCCUGAGCCCCAGCCAGCUGGGCUACCAGCAGCCCAACCUGAUGGCCACACCAGUUGCCAUUGCCGAUGCCCACCGGUCCGUGCUGGUGCACGCGGGGUCUCCAGGCCAAGCUGGAGCCGUGCUGCAGCACUCCCCAGGCCACCAGCAGUCCUCUCCUGUCAUCCACUACUCUCCAACCAACCAGCAGCUGAGGUGUGGCAGCCACCAGGAGUUCCAGCACAUCAUGUGCUGUGAGAAUUUCACGUCCAGCGUGUCGAGAUCCAGCCAGCCCCAGGCCAGCCAGGCGCAGAGGCUCAGCCCCGGCUCGUACCCCACCGUCAUCCAGCAGCAGGCGGCCCCCGGCCAGCGGGCAGCCAAGAACGGGCCACCAGGGAGCGAGCAGAAGGAGGUGCUGCCGGCAGGAGUGACCAUCAAGCAGGAGCAGAACCUGGACCAGGCGUACCUGGAUGAUGUUAACGAAAUUAUCAGGAAGGAAUUUUCUGGACUCCCUGCCAGAAGUCAGACAUAGAAGAAGAGAUUUGUGAGACAACUUUUACCGAAUCCUUCCAUAAGUGACCUCUUAGAUCCUUCCAGUGCCCCUGCAACCUCUGGCUUCCUUUGCAGUUCAUCUCCAGGCAGAGACUCAGCGCAAGGAACAAUGAAUUGGCACCAAGUGACAGCCUUGGCUGAGCAACUCGCCACCUCUGUCUGUAAACACCACGAAGGACACCCUUCCUUUCAUCCAGAGAUCACAUUGUUCUCCUGGAACAGAGCAUCUGUCUGAGGAAACACUCCAGCCUGCUGCAAACCCUCUGUCUGUGCGUCCAUCCAUCGGGACCAUCGCCCGUCCCCCGAGCCCGGGGUGGACACGGGGGUGGGAAAAGGGGAACACAGAGUGAUAUAUUCCAUGGAGGAGUGCCACCACCCUGCAGGUCACUAGCAGUGACUGGCCUCCAGGUAUCCAAACCCUCCUGAGAAAUGUCAUUGUUGUAGGGAACUGAGGCAGCCCAAGCUCAGCCUGCAUCCAGUCUGGGAUCAAAAGCCAGUUUGCUCUGAGCACUGUGAUUGGUAUUUCAAACAGGAGAUGUCAGAUGAAUCCAAGAGUUUUCUUCGUUUUUCCCAUCAGACUGGAUAGGAAUUUGAAGGAGAGGGAUUCUCAUAUCCAACCAGUGAAAAGAGCAAAUCAGCAGUUGCAACGCCUGUCCCCAAGUAAAAUAAACCCAGGUAAAACAGAGAUUAAUAUAUAGGAGUCACAGUAAAUCCAAAGAUUUUAUGAUUGAUCCUUAUUAGUAUUUAGGCAGUGUAUGAACACAUCUUCGAUAUUUUCUAACAAAUUGUUGCUGUUUCUUUUCAUGUAGAACCUGCUCUUGGCUCAUAACUUGUCUCAUUUAGCAGCUGGAACAUUUACUCACCCAAGCUGCAGGGGAAAAUAAGUGCAUCUUACAGAAGCCAUACAUUCCAGAGAAAAUAUACACUUAUUUAUAUUCACCUGGCCUCUUUAGCUUUGCAAAGCUACCAGCAAUUCCUGGAAAGGUUAAAUUUCCAUGGGAGGUAAUAUUUUGUUAGGUUUUGCUUCGUGUGUUCGAAUAUCCUGUCCUGACUCCUGCUUAGCACAUUCCAGGUAACCACUGCCACCUGCAGCUACAAGUUAGAAUAUUUAGGGGAGUCAGGGCCUCCUCAGUGGGAUAAAAAGGCUUCCUGAGUGGGUAAUCAGUGUACAGAACAAGAUAACCAUAAUGUUUUAGGAAUUACAUAGUAGUCUUUCCUGGUUCUAUAAAUAAGGAAUGCAGAUGUUUUCAGGAAUGCAGAGCCUGAGCUCUGCUGUAGAAAGCACAGUGAAACGAAUCCAGUUUUCAGUUGUGUCACAGUAAAUUUUGUAGAAUACCAGCAUGUCCACUGCUCACAGCAGGAAUUAGAGGAUGGGAAUACAGCAGAGCAAAAUUGGUUUCCUGAUGUCUCAAGAUUUUGCACAGUCCCUGCAGAGCACGUGCUUGGUCCAACAAAAAUCUCUUCAGGACUAUCAGGAAAAAUGUCUUUUCUGCCACUAAAAACUGGUGCUUAAACUCUGCAAGGUCUUGGGGUUUAGAGUGGGAGACAGAAGCUUUAGGUUCUUCAGAACGCCUGACCUGGGGCUCAGCUCAAAUUUGGCUCUUGAUCAGAAAUCUGAAUUGCACAAGAGCAGCUCUGAACUCCAGAUUCAGCCCAGCUCAGAUGCAGAAGCAGAGCAGAGCCCUGCAGGUCCCAGCCUGGCAUUAAUGGCACACCCUGGAUUCUACUUCUGCUUUGUGAGCUUCAGAUCUUCCACCCCAAAAUGAGUUCCCUGUACCCCAACCCCCAGAACUCCUGGGGUGCCCCGGUGCUCUCAUUGUGAGCUCCAAGCCUCAGCCCAGACCUGCAGAGCUGAAAAUGGCUUUUUUUAAUUGCUGAGUUUCACAGAAACCAAAGGAGGCCCAGCCUUGCAGAAGAGGGGAAUUCCUGUGAGGCAGCACUCAGUAGGGCUCAGACUGGCUCACACACCUCAGAAAGAUAUUUGGGAUUGUUAGAAGCUGUCAGUGAGCCAGAAUCUGACACACAUUAAGGGGUUUUUAGUGCAGUCUGAUGAAUUGGACAAUUCUGACAUAUUCUAAAGGCCAAAAGUUGCCUGUCAGAAGUUCUCUGCUAUAGCUGAGUAAAAGAACAGACCAAAUGCAUCUCUGAGUUUCACACUUGGAUGUUUCCAAUGUUUUCCAUGAUCCAACCUGUAAAGUAUAGGAGAAAUUUAAAAAACAACCCAAAACCCCAUCCACAGAGAAAAAAAAUAUCCUCAGAUUACUGGCAGAACCUUCUCUCUUGCUGAAUUUUAAAUAGAAGCUCAGAGAAGCCCAGGAAGGGCUUUUCAGAUCUGUGAUGUGCUGCUGCUGCUGCUCUGGUGACUGCAGCAACUGCUCAUCCAUUUAGGAGAAUUAUUGUCUGAAUAUUUAUUUAUAGAUAAUAUCAGUUUAGAAAAGAGGGGGGAAGUAAAUCUAGUGCUUGAUCUGAGCUAAGAAAAAGGUCAAUGUUUAAGUUCUGCCUUCUAGAUUCUGAAAUGUCCUUUUAACAAAUUAACCCCCAGAAGGAAGGAAAAAUAAAACCUUGGCUUUGGAGCAAAGGCUGCACAGGAGGGAGCCAGGCAGGCAAAGCCCUGCAGUGCUGCACCCAGGAGAGCUCUGCAACCCAAAUACACGAGAUUUCCACUGUGCUGAUGUGUUCUUCAGGCACUUUGCUAUAGAAGAGGUUGGAUUUAUUUUGGGGAACUGUUUUUUUUUUUUGUUUGUUUGUUUGGUUUUUUUUGUUGUUGUUGUUUGGUUGGGUUUUUUUUUUAAGAGUUUUUUUUAUUUUUUGGGGGGCUGAUUUUAUUUUUUGUUUGGGUUUUUUUUCGGGGGGAAGGGGUUUUUUAUGUGCUACAGGUGCUCCAGCCAUGCUUGCAUUGACUGUAUUCCUCCCUCACCUCUCAUGCAUAGGUAUUAAUCUGUGUACAAAUACAGUGUACAAUGUAAUUUAUAAAUACACCCACACAGAGAGCGACUGUUUCCAAGGGCUGGUAGUGACAGGACAAGUUGGGAAUGGCUUCAAACUGACAGAGAAUAGCUUUCAAUCAGAAAUUAGGAUAAAGAUCCUCCCUGGGAGGGUGGGGAGGAGCUGGGCUGCAAUUCCCAGACCCCUGGCAGUGCCCAAGGCCAGGCUGGGCAGGGCU